AUGUUGAUCAAACGAUUUUCAACAAAUCAAUUUCGAAACGCUCAUUUUCUUGCAAAUGUUCCUUUGAAAAAACGAGGAGUUGAGGGAACUUUGCCAGCCAAUUAUUUUGAUAACAAAGUGGGUUAUAUCAUUCGAAAAAAAAAAAAAGAAAUGAUCAGUGUUCAUUUUUUAGGCAGUGGUUUUGUAUUUUUCGGCCGGUUGGUGUGGUUCUUGUAAAUUUCUGACACCGAAAUUGAAAAAGUUCUACGAGGCUGUGAAAUCGGACGGAAGUUUGGAAAUUGUUUGGGUUUCGAAGGAUAAAGAGGCGGAUCAUCAAUUGGAAUAUUAUGAGAAAAAUUUGCCGGAUUGGCCGUAUGUUCCAUUUGGAGAUGAGAAUAUUCAGUAGGUUUUUAAACUCAAAAAUUGAAUAUUUUGAAAUUUUUUAAAGUUUUUUUUACAAUCAUUCAAAUUCUAUAUUUUCCUGAAAUAUUGGAUUUAAAAAAUUCGAGUUCAUAAAUUUUCAAAUUGGAAACCUUUUGUAAUUUUUCGAAAUGUUUCAUGAAAUUAGGAAAUUACUUUUUUGAAAAUCUUCUGAUCUUCUGAUCCCAAAUUCCCAAUUUUUCCAGAAAACUCGGCGAAAAAUACAAAGCCAUCGUAAUUCCGGUGCUCAAAUUGAUCGAUUCGAAUGGCGAAGUUGUGAAUGAUCGAGUUCGAGCCGAUGUCGAAGCAGCAAUCAAAGCAAAUCCCAUGGACACUUAUAUCAAGUGGAAAAAAUCACUCGGACUUUGA